UGUGCUACAAAUUUGUUAAUCGUAAAACACACAAAGAUGUCGUUGUAUCCUCAAAGAGACUUGCCAGAAACCCAAUAGCGGCUUCAUGUGGAGGCGAAUAACUUUUUUUGGAAAGUGUGUUUGUCAAUAACCUAAUUGCCUCGAAGCAAUUAUUCAACAUUGAAGAUCGUGUUUGUCACAUUUUCUACUCCAAGUUCGGGAUCAACAUUGCCUUUUUCGACCAUCUCUGAAGUUCAACUUCUCCAAAUCCAAAUUUGGUUCCGUCUUUGCCUCCGAACCAUCCAUCUGAAGGUCCAAAUCCCCAACAAAGACAGUGUUCAUGUGGACGAGCUAGAGGCCGGACGCUUGAACAACUCCUACACCAACAUCUAUGGAACUUUUGCUUCAAGAGGUAACUUGAGAAGAAGCUUUCCUCGUAGAUGUUAGUUCACGUUAUCUAAUUUGAUGGAGGGUGAUAUCACAAGCCCGGGAUAAGAUUUCAGGUUCGAUCCUUGAAUUUUGAAUGAUGAAAGUUUGUUUUAUCAGUUUUUAACGCUUCUGCUCGCUUAAUCCGAUACGAUUCAGAUUAGUAAUGACUACAUCUUUUUCUUUAUUCAUGUUUUCAUUUUCAUUUCCCUGGACUUGGCAAUGGAGCUCCCUUAUAACAAAAAAAGCAAGAAGCAAGAGUGUUAAGAUUCAUUUCUUCCUCGUCGCCAGUUGAAAGAGUAGACUCUUUCACCAGCAUGGAGGAAGAGACUGGUGGCGAGACAGGUCCAAGGCCAAAGGACGAGGAGGAAGUCCCACAAAAGACCAAAACAGAGCGGACCGAGCAAACUUCAAACAAGUCCAAGGAUAAGGAGGAAAUCCCUCAUAGGGUACCCCACUACAAGCUCUUUUCCUUUGCUGAUCCCGUGGACUACCUUCUGAUGGUUGUGGGAUCAAUUGCCGCUGUUGGAAACGGAAUCAGCAUCCCUCUCAUGACAAUAGUCUUUGGUGAAGUUGUCAAUUCUUUCGGGCAGAAUUCAGACAGCGAACGCACCAUCAAUGCAGUUUCCAAGGUUUCUUUAAAGUUUGUGUACUUGGCUCUCGGGUCGGGGGCAGCAGCUUUCACCCAAGUGGCUUCUUGGAUGGUCUCCGGAGAGAGACAGGCGGCAAGAAUAAGGAGUUUAUACUUGAAAACACUGCUGAGGCAAGAGAUCGGGUUCUUUGACAAGGAAACUAAUACAGGAGAGAUCAUCGGGAGAAUGUCCAGCGACACCAUUCUCAUUCAAGAUGCCAUGGGCGAAAAGGUUGGGAAAUUUAUACAGCUGAUAGCAACGUUCACAGGAGGGUUCAUCAUAGCGUUCUUGAAAGGAUGGCGGCUCACACUCGUCAUGCUAUCUUCCAUCCCCUUGCUCGUGUUAUCUGGGGCAGUUCUGAGCAUCACGGUUGGGAAGCUUGCCUCCCGUGGGCAGGCUGCAUACUCAGUUGCGGCAGCUGUAGCCGAGCAGACAAUUGGGUCCAUAAGAACUGUGGCAUCAUUCACGGGAGAGAAGAUGGCUAUGGCGAAGUACGAUGAGUCAGUGACAAGAGCAUAUAAGUCGGAUGUGCAAGAAGGUAUAGCGGCUGGGUUGGGUUUUGGCAUGGUAAUGUCCAUAGUUUUCUGUACAUAUGCUCUCACUGUUUGGUAUGGUGGGAAGAUGAUUCUCGAGAAGGGCUACACGGGAGGAGAUGUCAUAAACGUAGUUUUCGCUAUACUCACUGGAUCUAUGGCCUUAGGGCAGGCAUCGCAGUGCCUUGGAGCAUUUGCUGCAGGACAGACUGCUGCAUAUAAGAUGUUCGAGGUGAUUGACCGGGACCCGCAGAUUGAUGCCUAUGACAGGAGCGGGAAGAUUUUAGAAGAUAUUGAUGGUGACAUUGAGCUAAGAAAUAUUUACUUCAGCUACCCCACAAGACCGGAUGAGCAUAUAUUCAGUGGGUUCUCUCUCUCGAUCCCAAGGGGAACGACCACUGCCCUGGUGGGCAGGAGUGGUAGUGGCAAAUCAACGGUUAUAAGUUUGGUUGAGAGAUUUUUCGACCCUCAAGCGGGUGAGAUUUUAAUUGAUGGAAUAAAUCUUCGAGAGUUCCAACUUAAAUGGAUUAGGCAGAAGAUCGGACUUGUGAGCCAGGAACCGGUUUUGUUCACAUCUAGCAUUCGGGAUAAUAUUGCUUUCGGAAAGGAUGGUGCCACUAUAGAAGAAAUCAGGGCUGCUGUUCAGCUGGCAAAUGCUGCAAAAUUUAUCGACAAAUUGCCCCAGGGACUAGAAACUAUGGUCGGUGAGCACGGGACUCAAUUAUCGGGGGGCCAGAAGCAGAGAGUUGCAAUAGCGAGGGCCAUUCUCAAGGACCCAAGAAUUCUACUUCUAGAUGAAGCCACAAGUGCUCUCGAUGCAGAGUCAGAGAGAAUCGUGCAAGAGGCCCUCGACAGGAUAAUGAUCAACCGAACUACAGUCAUCGUUGCCCAUCGCUUGAGUACCAUAAAAAAUGUUAACACAAUAGCCGUGAUACAUCAUGGAAAGAUUGUAGAGAAAGGUUCACAUUAUGAGCUAACCAGGGAUCCGAAUGGAGUGUACUCCCAGCAUGUAAGGCUGCAAGAGAUUAGCGUCACAUCAGAACAAAAGGAAGCUCAUAAUGCAGAUCUCCCGGAAUUUGUCAACGAUGGUGGAACACUUUCAAGUCAGCUAAUUUCCUCGCGUGCAAAAAGUCAAGGCUCGUCAGGAACUGGAAACAGCGACCGCCACUCAUUUACAGUUCCAUUUGGCCUGCCCACCAGACUAAAUAUCGUGGAACCCAAGCUGGAGGAAGAAGCUGCAAUCCUAAAGAAAAAGUCUCAUGAUGUCUCACUUCUCCGCCUGGCUUACCUUAACAAACCUGAAAUCCUGGUCCUAGUCUUAGGAACCUUAGCUGCGGCUGCAAACGGGGUUAUAUUACCAAUAUUCGGGAUUCUGCUCUCAAGCAUGAUUAAGACAUUCUACGAGCCAAGAGAUAAACUACUUGAAGACACCAAGUUCUGGGCUUUCAUAUUUAUCGCUCUUGCAAUAGCAGCUCUUUUGGUUUACCCGCUCCGGUCAUACCUUUUCUCUGUGGCUGGAUGCAGACUUAUAAAAAGAGUACGAUUGGUGUGCUUUGAGAAGGUGAUUCACAUGGAAAUAAGUUGGUUUGAUGAGGCAAAACACUCGAGUGGGGCACUCGGGGCGAGGCUCUCUGUGGACGCAGCAGCCUUGAGAAGUAUAGUUGGAGAUGCUCUGGGUUUGGCUGUUCAGAAUAUUGCAACAGCAGUUGCAGGUUUAGUGAUUGCUUUCGUGGCAAACUGGCAGUUGGCUAUUAUAAUUGUCGUGUUGAUCCCAUUGUUUGGAGUGAACAGUUUUGCUCAGAUGCGGUCCAUGCGAGGAUUCAGUGCCGAUGCAAAGAAAUUGUAUGAAGACGCAAGUCAAGUGGCGAAUGAUGCAGUCAGAAGUAUAAGAACUGUAGCUUCCUUCUGUGCUGAAGAUACGGUGAUGGAGUUGUACAAGAAAAAGUGCCAAGGCCCCAUCAAGACGGGUAUACGCCAUGGAAUACUAAGUGCGAUCGGGUUCGGGUCAGCUAUGUUUCUGCUCUACUGCGUCUAUGCAAGCAGCUUCUAUGCCGGGGCCCGGCUUGUCGAGCAAGGGAAGACAACAUUUUCUGAUGUUUUCCAGGUUUUUUUCGCACUCACGAUGGCAGCUGUGGGAAUUGCUCAGUCGAGCUCUCUCAUCCCAGAUGCCACAAAAGCAAAGACCUCUGCCUCCUCAAUAUUUGAAAUUCUUGACAGGCAAUCAAAGAUAGACUCAAGGGGUGAGUCGGGAAUGAAGAUAGAGGACUUCAAAGGAGAGAUCGAGUUUCAACAUGUUAGCUUCAAGUAUCCCACGAGACCCGACAUUCAAUUAUUCCAAGACCUUUGCUUGGAAAUCCAGAGCAGGAAGACAGUUGCCCUGGUGGGUGAAAGUGGGAGUGGGAAAUCAACAAUUAUCUCAUUGUUGCAGAGGUUUUACGAUCCUAACUCAGGUCAGAUAUUGCUUGAUGGAAUCGAGAUCCAAAGGCUACAGCUGAAAUGGUUAAGGCAGCAGAUGGGGCUUGUCAGUCAAGAGCCAGUGCUGUUUAAUUGCACGGUUCGGGAAAAUAUAGCAUAUGGAAAAGAAGGAGAUGCUUUGGAGUCGGAAAUUAUUGCUGCGGCGGAGCUAGCCAAUGCUCAUCGCUUCAUCAGUAGCUUACAACAGGGGUAUGACACUUUAGUAGGAGAGCGAGGAUCACAGCUAUCAGGUGGGCAAAAGCAGCGGGUGGCAAUAGCAAGAGCCAUAGUGAAGCAGCCGAGGAUACUUCUCCUGGAUGAAGCCACUAGCGCUCUCGAUGCCGAAUCCGAACGAGUGGUGCAGGACGCACUGGACCGAGUGAUGGUGAGCCGGACUACCAUUGUCGUGGCCCACCGGUUGUCCACAAUCAGAGGAGCUGACUUGAUUGUGGUCGUUAAGAAUGGAGUAAUCGCAGAGAAAGGGAAGCAUGAGAGUUUGAUUGAUAUUAAGGAUGGUGUAUAUGCUUCGCUCGUAGCACUUCAUUCGCGGGCUUCACCUCAUUUGUCCGAGUGAGCUUAAGAAUACAAUUUUCAAAAUGAUACACUAUUUAUACAGAAAUAGCUGCUCAGUUAUUAUGGAGGGUAAAAAGAGAGGAAAAAGCACAUGAAGUAGUUUGGUUCAUUGUAGUAAAGAAGCAAAAAACGCACUCCUAGUACUGUGUUUUGGGGUUGUCGGAGGUUCCUGCAGCCGGCAAAAGGAGAAAGAUUAAGCUAAAGGGCUGGAAACAAAUGGGUCAGGACGGACUGACCAACUCCGAACUUGCCGUUCGCACCUGUGUCUUUCAUCCAAUAAUCUCAAUGAUCAGAGACAACUGAGGGGGGUCUGACGCUAACAGCCAACUUCUCAAUUACCCUCAGAUUUUACAUGUAGCUAUGAUUCCCAUUUAUCAAUUUCAAAUGUCUGUGAAAUUUGCCCCUGCUAUCUCUGAAUACCAAUAUUCUGUCUAAUGA